AUAUGCGCACGAUAACAGCCCCAAACCCAAUCCAGCGCACAAUAGCGACUCACGCCGCCGACGCCGACGCUGACGCUGAGGAGAGAAUCUCUUUUGCACUGCCCGUUUCCUUUCCGGCCUCUAGCUCUUCCCCGGUGAUUCCAAUUUACUACAUUUAAUUCUUAUUUUCGAAUUAUCCCCUCCUAUUUCACCAAGCUUUAGGUUUGGUUGCUUUCGUUAAUCCGGCUUGUUUGCUCCUAUUAUCUCCCCAAGUCAGCCUAAUUUCGAUAUGUUGUAAGCCGUAGGGCAAUUGGUGUUUUCUCGAUCUACGUAUUUAAGCUGCUAUCUUAUUGGAGAUUGAUAGAAUUGCUUUCAUAAAAUGCUGGAGCAUACAAAUAUAUUGAAGGAGAUUUGUGAGAAUGGCUCGGAGUUCAUCCCCUGAUGAUAAUGGCACUAUAGAAGAAAUGCCUGAAGACACCAUCUUGUUGAGGCAGUCAUCUGUGAACCUUGUACCAUUCAUCGGACAAAGAUUUGUAUCGCAGGAUGCUGCCUAUGAAUUUUAUAGUAGCUAUGCCAAGCAGUGUGGCUUCUCAAUUAGACGCCACCGCACUCGUGGAAAAGAUGGCGUAGGAAGGGGAAUCACAAGAAGAGAUUUUACAUGUCACCGUGGUGGCUAUCCACAGCUAAAGCCGACAGAAGACGGAAAGCUACAGAGAAAUAGGAAAUCAUCACGCUGUGGAUGUCAAGCAUACAUGAGGAUUGUCAAAAGAGCUGAUUUCGAUGUCCCUGAAUGGCGUGUCACUGGAUUUAGCAAUGUCCACAACCAUGAACUCUUGAAGUCAAAUGAGAUGCAGCUACUUCCUGUUUAUUGUACAAUGACUGCUGAUGACAAGAGCCGUAUUUGUAUGUAUGCUAAAGCUGGGAUGUCUGUGCGACAAAUGCUCAGAUUAAUGGAGAUAGAGAAAGGUGUUAAGCUAGGUUGUUUACCAUUCUCUGAGAUUGAUGUGAGAAAUUUGCUUCAGUCAUUUCGAGAGGUGGACCGUGAUAAUGAUCCAAUUGACCUUGUCAAAAUGUGCAAGGAGAGAAAAGAUAGAGAUCCCAACUUCAAAUACAACUAUAAGAUUGAUUCUAAUAACAGAUUAGAACACAUUGCAUGGUCCUAUGCUUCAUCUAUCAGAUUAUAUGAGGCUUUCGGAGAUGUUGUAAUUUUUGAUACAACACAUCGAUUGGAUGCUUAUGAUAUGCUUCUUGGAAUAUGGCUUGGGUUGGACAAUCAUGGUGCUCUCUGCUUCUUUGGCUGCAUGCUUGUUCGAGAUGAAAAUGUGCAAUCAUUCUCCUGGGGAUUGAAGACAUUCUUGGCAUUUGUUAACGGAAAAGCUCCAGGAACAAUUUUGACUGAUCAGAAAACAUGGCUUAAAGAAGCACUCACCUCAGAAAUGCCGGGGACAAAACAUGCCUUCUCAAUUUGGCAUAUCAUAUCAAACUUCUCUGAUUGGUUUUCGACCAUACUUGGGUCGCAAUAUGACAAUUGGAGAGCUGAAUUUCACCGUAUUUAUAAUCUACAUACAGUUGAGGAGUUCGAAGUUGGAUGGAGGGAGAUGGUAGAUUUAUAUGGGUUACAUGGAAACAGGCACAUUGUCAGCCUGUAUGCCCUGCGUACCUAUUGGGCUCUACCUUUUCUGAGAUCAUAUUUCUUCGCAGGAAUUUCAAUUACAUUCCAGUCAGAGCUCAUUAAUUCCUAUAUCCAACGAUUUCUCAGCUCACAAUUUGUGUGUGAUAAUUUUGUAGAACAGGUGGCCACAAUUUUGGAUUCCAGAAAUCAACCAGGAACAAAACUCAAAAUUAUACAGAAGGUCCCUAAAGUGUCACUAAAAACAGGAUCGCCCAUGGAGUCGCAUGCUGCUACUGUUCUUAGUCCAUAUGCCUUCUGCAAACUGCAAGAAGAACUAGUUUUAGCACCACAAUAUGCAACAAUGUUGGUGGAUGAAAGUUAUUUUAUCGUGAGGCACCAUACGGACGUGGAUGGUGGGUGCAAGGUGCUAUGGGUGCCACAAGAUGAGUUCAUCACUUGUAGCUGUAGUCAUUUCGAGUUUUCAGGCAUCCUCUGUAGGCAUGUUCUUCGUGUUCUAUCAACAAACAAUUGCUUUCACAUUCCAGAUCAAUACCUACCUCUUAGGUGGCGUGACUUAUCACCAUUAUUGAUCAAAUCAGCCCGCACAUCUCCAGGCAAGGUUCAGUUGUUGCAAUCGAUGAUUUCAUCAUUGCUUACAGAGUCUGCAGAGACCGAAGACCGCCUCGAUGUUGCAUGUGAUCACAUUGCUUUGGCUCUGGCCCGCAUCAAAGAAUUCCCUCUUAUGACAGAUGGUUCUGGAGAAGCUGCUUAUGACAGCCCUUCUGGUUCUCUGGUUCUUCCAGAUGAUGAAUCUGACAGCAUUGCUCAAAGUUUAAGGGAAACCCACCGGGAGUGUGUGCCGUUCGAAAAGUUGAAAGAGGGCAGAUCAAGAUAUGAACAUGAUAUCCAAAGAAAGAGAAGACGGUGUCCAUCCCUUUGCUGUGGGCAAUUUGGACAUGAAACCAGCAACUGUCCUAUGGUGGUAGGACAAGACUUUAAUGGAGAUGGACUUGGAUUUCUGUAG